AUGUUUCAAACGACUAGCUCAGCAGAUUUUAAUCUAUGGACAAUUCUUUCUGAUAUUGAUUGGAGAGAACCCUUUGUGAUUGGCAUUGUAAUAUUUCAUAUUGCAGUUACUCUUACUGCAUUAUUGACACGAAAUCAUGGAAAUUUUCAGUUAGUUUUGUUUUUAGCUCUAUUGUUGCUGGUUUAUUUCUCUGAAAACAUCAAUGAACUUGCUGCUGAAAAAUGGAGCCGGAUAUCCAGACACCAGUAUUUUGAUCGGAAGGGUAUGUUUAUAUCAUUGAUAUUUUCUGUACCGAUCCUGCUGAACAUCAUGGUUUUAAUGGCAAGCUGGCUUUGGCAGUCAAGUGAACUGAUGGUACAGUUAAAACGUGCUCAGCUCAAGCAAAAUAGGGCUAUCUCUAAGAAUGGCUCAUCCAAACAUAGCGAUGAAGAAGUUGAUAAAAGUAAAACUGAUUAA